AUGUGAACGAGUGUGCGGAUUCCACCAUCUGCCCCACAUUUUCAACCUGCACCAACACCAUCGGGAGCUACUAUUGUGCUUGCAAGCAAGGCUUCCGGUCCAGCAAUGGACAGCCUCACUUCACAGGCCCAGGAGUGCAAUGCCUCGAUAUUGACGAAUGUUCUCAAAGCCCCUCGCCGUGUGGUCCUCACUCGGUUUGUGAAAAUCGGCGUGGAAGAUACAAGUGUAGCUGUCUUCCGGGGUUCUCUUCACCCCCCGGUGACGGUUGGAUCCAGGGAAAGCCUGGCCGUUUCCAUUGCACGGACAUCAAUGAGUGCCUCAACCGCAGAGUCUGCCCCGAGCACUCCGUCUGUACCAACUCCGAGGGGAGCUACAGCUGCAGCUGCCGUGCUGGCUUCGUCUCUAACAACUCCACCUGCAAAGACGUGGAUGAAUGUGCCGAUCCUCGAGCUUGCCCGGAGCACGCCACUUGCUUCAACGCUCUCGGCAGCUACUCCUGUUCCUGCAACCCGGGGUUUGAAUCCAGAAGUGGCCGCAAGAGUUUCCGGGGUCUGGGAGAGGCGUGUGAAGAUGUGGAUGAGUGUUCCAAGAACUCCUCUCUCUGUGGUGCCAACUCGGUCUGCGUCAACAGCCCUGGGGAGUACAACUGCUCCUGCCUGCCUGGGUUCUUCUCAGCCAGCGGUCGUGCCCCCGCGGACACCAAGGCUUUGCAGUGCACAGACGUGGAUGAAUGUGCCGAUCCUCGAGCUUGCCCGGAGCACGCCACUUGCUUCAACGCUCUCGGCAGCUACUCCUGUGCCUGCAACCCGGGGUUUGAAUCCAGAAGUGGCCGCAAGAGUUUCCGGGGUCUGGGAGAGGCGUGUGAAGAUGUGGAUGAGUGUUCCAAGAACUCCUCUCUCUGUGGUGCCAACUCGGUCUGCGUCAACACCCCUGGGGAGUACAACUGCUCCUGCCUGCCUGGGUUCUUCUCAGCCAGCGGUCGGGCCCCCGCGGACACCAAGGCUUUGCAGUGCACAGACGUGGAUGAAUGUGCCGAUCCUCGAGCUUGCCCGGAGCACGCCACUUGCUUCAACGCUCUCGGCAGCUACUCCUGUGCCUGCAACCCGGGGUUUGAAUCCAGAAGUGGCCGCAAGCGUUUCCGGGGUCUGGGAGAGGCGUGUGAAGAUGUGGAUGAGUGUUCCAAGAACUCCUCUCUCUGUGGUGCCAACUCGGUCUGCGUCAACACCCCUGGGGAGUACAGCUGCUCCUGCCUGCCUGGGUUCUUCUCAGCCAGCGGUCGUGCCCCCGCGGACACCAAGGCUUUGCAGUGCACAGGUGACUUUCACAGCCCAGCCGAGGGCUUCUCAGUGGGCAGCCAACCGUCCGGAAACGUAGGUGGCUUGUGACAAUGACCC